AACACCAUACUUCUCCAUCUUUUAUAGUUUGCAGCUAUCUUUUUCUUGCCCUUUAAUUUCCUUCUAACUUUCUGCAAAUCUAAAGCAACUCUUUUUCGAUCGGUUGUUUGUUCGAGUCAUCAUCUAUAUAUUUUGCAUGUGUUCAACAAUGGGGUGUGAGAAGAAACAAAACCCAGAUAUGAAACCAAAUUCCGUAAACCACGUGAAGCUUGCUUUUCACCACCUAAUCUCCAAUGCCAUGUAUCUCAUUCUAAUUGUCCCACUGAUCGCCAUACUUUCCGCUGGUCUUUCUGGCGAGGAUUUGGUCCAUUUGCUUAACCAGUACCUUGAGUUCAUGAGCCUCACAUCAGUAACUAUAUGCAUGGCAAUGGCAGUUUUGCUGGCAGCCCUUUACUUCAUGUGCCGUCCGAGACAAAUUUACUUGUUGGAUUUUGCAUGUUAUAAGCCCGACCCAACUCAAAUGUGCACCAAAGAGUUUUUCCUCAAGAGAUCUGAGCUUACCGGGAGUUUCUCGGAAGAGAGUCUAGCGUUUCAAAGGAAGAUAAUGGAGAGGUCAGGGUACGGGCAGAAGACGUACGGACCAAAGUCUUUGAUGGAAAUCCCGGGGGAAAUGAGUGUGGAGGAAGCUAGAAAGGAGGCAGAGAUGCUGAUUUUUGGAGCUAUCGACGAGUUGCUAGCAAAAACCAAGGUGAAGGUUAAGGAUAUAGGUAUUCUUAUAGUGAACUCUAGCUUGUUCAAUCCUACGCCAUCCUUGUCAGCCAUGGUUGUGAACAGAUACAAGCUCAGAGGGAACGUUUUGAGCUACAACCUUGGUGGGAUGGGCUGCAGUGCUGGACUUAUUGCUUUAGAUCUUGCCAAACGCUUGUUACAGGUGGAGCGCAACUCAUACGCACUUAUUGUGAGCAUGGAAGGCAUGAAUCUCAACUGGUACGGUGGCAACAACCGCUCAAUGCUCAUCACAAACUGCCUCUUCCGUUUGGGAGCAGCGGCGAUCCUCUUAUCGAACCGAUCAUCCGAUCGCCGCCGUUCAAAGUACCAACUCAUUCACUCUCUACGCACCCACAUGGGCGCAGAUGAUAAAUGUUAUAAUUGUGUCCUUCAGAAAGAAGACACCGAAAAACGCAUCGGCGUCCAAAUCUCCAAAGAUCUAUUGUCAGCGGCCGGCGAAGCCCUUAAGACCCACAUCACAACACUGGGGCCACUAGUCCUCCCCAUAUCUGAACAAGUCUUGUUUCUUCUGAAUUUAAUUGGGAAAAAAGUAUUUAAUAUGAAGAUAAAACGGUACAUUCCAGAUUUUAAGAUGGCUUUCGAGCAUUUCUGUAUUCAUGCCGGUGGGAGGGCAGUUCUGGACGAGUUAGAGAAGAAUCUUGGGCUCACUGAGCCGCUUAUGGAGCCAUCAAGGAUGACUCUUUACAGGUUCGGAAACACUUCUAGCAGUUCUUCGUGGUAUGUUCUGGCUUACUGCGAGGCGAAGGGGAGGAUCAAGAAAGGUGAUCGGGCAUGGCAGAUUGCAUUUGGGUCAGGAUUCAAGUGUAACAGUGCUGUGUGGCGCGCGUUGCGAACCAUUGAUCCGGCAAAGGAGAAACAUAAUCCUUGGUUGGAUGAGAUUGAUGAGUUUCCUGUUGAUGUGCCUGAAGUGGCAUCCAUUGUUUAUUAAUUAGAUCUUAUCUUUCUAGCAAAAACAAUAUGCAUGCAUGUCAUGUGUAUUUGUUCUAUGUUUUCUUGCCUUUUGUUUUCCCUUAUUCCCAGCUGAACCUUUGCGACUAUAUAUGUAGGCAAAGAUCGACUUUCUAGAAGAGUGUCGUUCAUGAAAUUAUUGUUGUUAAGUAUUAUAAUAUUAAUUAAAUUAUUAGAUUUA